GGAAGGAAGUUACCACCACUAUGCUAGAUGGGAGUGCUUCAGUGACAUGUGCUUGCUUUUGGGAAAAUCAGAACUCUUCAGAUUAGUCCUGGGAAUAAUUACCAUGUUCAUUUUAUGUUUACCUGAAUUUUUCAAAAUCCAUGAAGUUAACACAGUAAUUGUGUCAUGCAUAGACACCUGCUCAUCAAAUAACACCACUUUUCCACUUUGCACAUUUAACAAUUCUUGCAAAGCAUCAGUGCAACAAAGAAGAGAAAACAAGACUAUUUUACUGAAGGCCAUUGUAAAUCAUUCAAAUUUCCAAAACAUUCCAUGUAUUUGCCAGUCUUCCAGGAUGGAACAGUCCCAUACUAAACACAGAGAGUGUGAAUCCAAGGGAGACGUGAAUGUUGAUCAUCAAGGAUCAGGGUUAGGAGCUGAAAAAACAAAAGGCUCGCUUGAAGUGAAAUCAGAAGAUGUUAUUUAUUUGUAUAAAUAUUUUAAUUUCACUAUGGUUUCUGAGAAAGAAGUAGAGCAUAAUAGUUACUACCUGCUGGAAAUCCACAUUAACAAUUCUACAGUCGGAGGAGGAAAUGCAGCCGAAGAAUACCUAAAUCAUUCCUGUCUGGUGGCAAUGAUGGAAGACCAAAAUGACUGUAUAAAUAUUUCAAUGCAACUGAAGACUUAUGUGGAAUAUCCAGUGUGUAUGACAAAGAUCAUUUGGCUCACCAUGAUUGUAGUAGUUCUUGUGUUCACUGUUUUAAUUGUCAUCUACAAAAUAGUCCAAGAAAAUGAACAAAAUUAUUGUAAACACAGAGUAACAGCAUCAGUUUCUACUAUUCUAAGAAGAAAUGGUUCCAGACAUGCAAGAAGAACCAUAUCUGCUACUAGAAUUCAUCCUUUUCCUGCUUCAGAUAUCGUCAUGUGAAGUAUCAUUACUGUCUGAUGAAAGAAGACACAUCAUACACGCACCACAGACGAAAGCAUCUCCAUUUCCAGUUUGGAGAGCUGUUACUUGCCUUUUCAUGAGAAUGCCAACUGUAC